AUGUCUCAAAGUCACUACAUUGAUGACAUGGUCUCUCGCUUCCUCCAUGGCACACACACGGCUACCAGAACACCUACUUCCUCAGCUUUCAAGGACCUGCUCAAACGGACUGCCAAUGAAGACCCCUCUCCUGGCCCUUAUAACCAACUGAUUGGCUCUCUGCUGUGGAUUGCUCAGUGUACACGCCCGGAUGUCUCUUUUGCUGUAAACAAGCUAUCUCAGUUUCUUCGUGAUCCCUCUUUGUCCCACUGGUCUGCAGCAGUCAAAAUCUUAAACUACCUGGCCUCAACCAAAUCACUUCGACUACGUCUUGGGGGCUCUCUUACCUGCGCUGGUUACUCUGACGCUGACUGGGCCGAGGAUCGCCAAGACCGUCGCUCAACUUCGGCAUACACCUACAGAAUUGGCGAGGGAGCCAUCUCCUGGAAGUCUCGGAAACAGGCAACUGUCUCGCUGUCCAGUACCGAAGCGGAAUACAAGGCGCUGGCGGACUCUUGCAAGGAAGGUCUCUGGUUGCGCAAUAUACUCACCGAAUUAUCUGUCCGACCAAAGUCAGCUCUUCCGCUCCAUGUCGACAAUGAAGGUGCUGAAGCUCUUGCCAAUAACCCGGAACACCACGCUAGAACAAAACACAUUGAUGCCAGAUAUCAUUUUGUUCGCGACUGCGUCAAAGAUGGGAUUUUUGAGAUCGUUCACGUUUCCACGCACGACAUUCACCUGAGUUCAUCUCAACAAUCUUUCUAUGUGGCUAAGUAUAUCACCAGAUUCCGGGAGGUGCAUCCACUGUUUCCUCUGCCUAACUGGAUCUUCUUGCUGGCGGCUCCUGGGGACCGGAGGCCACACGACACCGAAGUGUUUGAGUUUGACGGUCCAGAUCUAGGCGAUGAUGCCACCUUUCCCGCACAUCCACAACCGGGAAACUGCAUGGCAAAUGAGCAUGAAGCCAUGGACGAAGAUGUGGCUGCCCAAGGCCCUGAUUCAAGCCAAGACGAAAUCCAUCCUGAUGAAGAGAUGGAUUUAACUUCCAAUGAUGCACCAGGCGAGGUUGAUCCCGAGAUCAUCAGUGUUGUUGACAAUGGUCCUGUUGGCGAAUCAGGAAAUACCAAGGGUGCCAUGGAUGGGCUAAGGACAUCACGCUUGAAUAACGUGGGGGCCAACAUGGAUAAACCGCUGUUCAUUCCAGAGUCUAAUCCGCCUUCAGAGGACAACACACCACUCCGACCCUCACCAGAUGCAAGCACACUUGGUACCCUUGGCAAAAAGCGAUCCUGCAGCCAAUCUAUGACAGGUGAUUCCAGUCGUAAUAACCGGCCCCGUUUAGAUUCAUCAAGCCUAGCCUCUUCAGAUUCCGAGGAUUUAUCCUCUGCGUCUGAAGAGGGAGAGACUGAUCUUCCGGAGCCCACGUUUGGUCACAUCCGUCAACCUAGGGAUAAAACCCCGUCUGAGGGUGAUGAUGAGGAUUCCUCCGGGUCCAAUCCACUGGGUUCAUCCCCGAAUACCCUGGCUGAGAACACGCCCCACCCCUCUGCAGCUCCAACCGCACUGGUGCCAUCCGGGUCAACCAGCAGCAACCCAGCCGUCACAUUGUCUAACCCUGGGGCGGUAUCCACCGGUUUAACUACUCCUGGGGCCAUUCGAAGUGCCCCAUCCCCAAAUACCCUGGCACAGACGACGCCCAACCCCUCAUUGGCGCCCAGGGCUCUUGCGCCAUCUGGGUCAACCAGCAGCAUCCCCGCCAUUGCAUUGCCUAAUCCUGGAACAGUAUCCACCGGUCUACCCACUCCUGGGGCUAUUCAAAGUGGCCCAUCCCCGAAUCCCCUGGCUCAGAACACCCCCAACCGCUCAGCGGGGCCAACAUCACUUGCGCCACACGGGUCAACUAGCAGCGGCCAGGCGGUCAUGUUUUCUUCCCCAGGAAUCCUGCCCACCAGUCUCACUCCUCCUGGGGUCAAUGAACGGGGGCCGCCGGCGCCCACACCACCUGUGCCAUCCGGGACAACUAGCCGCAGCAAGGACUUCUCUGAUUGUACCUCAGGAAAUGUGUCUACCAGUCUAACUGCUGGCCCUCCAAUUGACGGACCAGCCGGAACCAGUACUACUCUUGGGGGGGUGGGAACAGGAGCGACUGCUAGCACAACGUCAACGGGGCCGUCCGGCACAGGUGCCAAAGGUCCAACUGGGGCCACGGCUGUCACCGGUCCAUCUGGGGGCCCUGUGGCCCCUGGUCCGAAUCAACGAACCUCCUCGACGGGUGGAUCACCCGUGACAGCGUGCAGAGGGACAACUUCCCGAACCGCGGGCACCGGUCCCACCCCCGGAAAAGUGGUCGCAGGUCCCACACACGGGCAGGUGGCCUUGCGUGAGGCAUCACCAGACAAAUUGGCCCCAGAGCCCAAACACCCUCUGUUUCCAAUCAUCAACUCCACCGCCGAUCCGGUGCGGGGGGCGGCAAAAAGGCUGAACGACACUGUCCACGAUAUAAUCAUGCUCCUUGCUGGUCAGAGGGCCAACAUGGUUAUGGAUAACCUCAAGGAUGUUGAUGGGCACUCUGAUGCUGCACUGGCCAAAGUCAUGGAGUUUUUCCAUGACAUAACCACUCGAGGGGCCGAAGAUCUGAAACGCUCCCGCUCAUCGGUCAAUGAUGGAUCCUCCAUCGGUGAUGUUAGCUCAACAGGGAUGGGCUAUAUCUACACUAACAUAGCCCUAGCAGUCACAGCCUUGAUAAACCUACACUUUGACAGGAAGAGUGAAGAGAAGCCUGUCUUACUGAAAAAAGAUACCCAUGAGAAGAGGAACCAAACUUCUACCAAGGCCAUCCAAUGUCUAUCGCAACUACUCGUUAUUGGCCCGGUGUCAAUGUUCUCAUGCCCCACGGAUCGAAAGUCCUCAGCCCAAUGGCAAUCCUGCAUGCUGGUUGAAUGGGGCGCGAUGGUUGUCACCAAACGAGCUCGUAAUGCGGCCAACUUUCCAGAGCCCCCCUGGUCUAACUUUGGUAAUACACGUCUACAUGUGGUCAACACGCUAGCUCGCAUGGGGUUUGGGAACAAUGAUCCCAUGGAUUGGAAGCAUGUAAUGAAGGUUUUCAAGGAGGAAUUUUCGGCUAAAAAAAUUGCGGAGGUCUUAUGGGAGGACAUUGUUCUCAUGACAGACUAUGAUGUUCAAAAGGACGCAAGCGUUUUGUGGGCGGAUGGCCCACCAUUCAGAAUUUCAGAAAACUAG